ACAGCUCCCGUUGGGAUUGCAGGGGGUUAAACAGAUGCCGUUGGAGCUGCCCGGGGCGGGGGGGGUCAUGGUAAUGGGCUCCCGCAUGAUCCCCCUGCCAAUUCGAGGGGACGCCGAGUGCGGGAGGGUGGCUCCGGCUCCCCGGGACCCCCGCUUUGGGCGGCGGGGUGCGGAUAGGUGCGCGGGGGGCCGCGGAGGAGCCGCUCUCGCCUAGGUGUGAGCUGAUUAUUCAAAUGGGCAGCCGAGGACCUGGGGAUUGGAGGCUCGCCCGGCCGCUCCGUGCUAUAUCACUCGGGCACCCACGUCACUGCAGCACUUGUCCUCCUCUUCCUCCUCCUCCUCUUCUUCCUCCCUCCUCCCUCCUCCUCCUCCUCCUCCUCCUCCGGCUCCUCCGUCGCCUCCGGGCGACUCUUCGCCGCGAAGCGCUGCGAAAACCCACCCAAGGAGCGGCAAAAAAAAAAAAAAAAACAACAAAAAACAACAAACCCAACCCCAGCCCCAGCACCGCUGGAUCCCCCCCCCUGCCUCCCUCCCUCCCUCCUCUUCCUCCUCCUCUAGAGGCUCCGACGGAGGGGAGGGAGGGCUGGGGACUUUUUUUUUCUUUUUUCUUUUUUCUUUUUUUUUUUUUUUUUUGGGUUGCUCUCUGUCGUCGUUUUGUUGUGGCUGUUAAAUUUUAAACUGCCAUGCACUCCGCUUCCAGUAUGCUGGGAGCGGUGAAAAUGGAAGGCCAUGAGCACACGGACUGGAGCAACUACUACGGGGAGCCCGAGAGCUAUUCCUCGGUGAGCAACAUGAAUGCAGGGCUGGGCAUGAACAGCAUGAACACGUACAUGACCAUGUCGGCCAUGAGCACCACGGCCAACAUGACGGCUGCCACUUCCAUGAACAUGUCCUAUGCCAACACGGGCAUGAGCCCCUCACUCACGGGCAUGUCCCCAGGUGCGGGGGCCAUGCCUGGCAUGGGUUCGGCCGGCGUGGCAGGGAUGGGUGCCCACCUCAGCCCCAGCAUGAGCCCAAUGGGGGGCCAAGCAGGCUCCAUGAAUGCCUUGGCCCCUUACACCAACAUGAACUCCAUGAGCCCCAUCUACGGGCAAUCCAACCUCAACCGCUCACGGGACCCCAAGACCUACCGGCGGAGCUACACACAUGCCAAGCCACCCUAUUCCUACAUCUCCCUCAUCACCAUGGCCAUCCAGCAGUCUCCCAACAAGAUGCUGACCCUGAGCGAGAUCUACCAGUGGAUCAUGGACCUCUUCCCCUUCUACCGCCAGAACCAGCAGCGCUGGCAGAACAGCAUCCGCCACUCGCUCUCCUUCAACGACUGCUUCCUCAAGGUGCCCCGCUCCCCAGACAAGCCAGGAAAAGGCUCCUUCUGGACCCUGCACCCCGAUUCAGGAAACAUGUUUGAGAACGGCUGCUACCUGCGCCGCCAGAAGCGCUUCAAGUGCGAGAAGCAGUUGGCUGCCAAGGACAGCAGCGGGGCAGGCAGCGGGGCAGGCGGUGGGGGCAAGAAAGGACCCGGGCAGCCCUCCAGCCAGCCCCUGGGGGAAGGCAGCUCCUCGGGGGGCUCGGAGGGCUCAGCCAGUGCUGAGUCCCCGGCCAGCUCCUCGCCGUGCCAGGACCACAAGCGUGCCCUGGCUGACCUGAAGGGCAACCCUGGGCUGAGCCCCGGGGAGCCGGCGACCUCUCCGGGCCAGCACCUCCUGGCCCCCUCACAUGCUGGCCUGCCCCACGACGCCCACCUCAAGCCCGAGCACCACUACGCCUUCAACCACCCCUUCUCCAUCAACAACCUGAUGUCCUCCACUGAGCAGCAGCACCACCACCCUCACCACCACCACCACCACCACAAAAUGGACCUGAAGGCCUACGAGCAGGUGAUGCACUACUCGGGCUACGCCUCACCCAUGCCCGGCAGCCUGGCCAUGGGGCCCGUAACGAACAAAAACGGCUUAGAGUCCUCCCCUUUAGCUGGAGAGACUUCUUACUACCAAGGUGUGUAUUCCCGGCCCAUCAUGAACUCUUCCUAAAAGGGGCCAGAGGGGAAAAUCCUCCCUGGUGAGUGGGUAAAACCCCACUGUGCCCCCCGUGCAGCUUCCCCAGCAAAGCGAUGGACUAUGAACGCUGUCGAGCACGGUACAUAUACAUAUAUAUAUAUAUAUCUAUUUUUUUUUCCGUUGGCUCCAGAUGUUUGCAUCCGUUCAGAAAACAGCAGCUGUGUGUCUCAAAAGUGUCUCAUCCAAGGGCAGGAGUGUUGGUGUCCCCCGACUCGUUCCUGGGGGGUCAGGGGGGCCAAGUGGAGUUGCGAUUCCCUUGGUUUGCCUUGUUUUGGUGGGGAAGGGUGGGCUGGGGGUGAGGGAACCAGGGAGGUUCUGUUGGGCUUUUUUUUUCUUGUUGUUGUCGUUGUCGCCAGGAGGUAUAAAUAUAUCUAUUUUUUUGUGUGUGGAAGUGAUGGGGAAAAAACAAACAAACAAACAAAUACAAGCAAAAUGAACCCCUCCUUCGCUGUGAAAGCCAUUCUAGGUUUGAACCCGAGGACCAAAAGUCUUGUAACGUUGUAAAAAGGGGGAAAAGGGGGGAGGGGGGUGGAGAAAAAGAACUACGGGGGAAAAAAAAAAAAAAAAGUCAGGAUAGAUCGUUGUAAUUGAAACAAACGCUUGGUGUUACCGGGAGAGUAAACUAUUUGGAUCUGAUUAA